AUGGGACGCGACGCGGCCUCCGGCGGCGGCGUGCAGCAGAAGCUGCGCAAGGGCCUCUGGUCGCCCGAGGAAGACGAGAAGCUCUACAACCACAUCAUCCGCUACGGCGUCGGGUGCUGGAGCUCCAGGUGCGGCAAGAGCUGCCGACUUCGGUGGAUCAACUACCUGCGCCCCGACCUGAAGCGCGGCAGCUUCUCGCAGCAGGAGGAGGACGCCAUCGUCGGCCUCCACGAGAUCCUGGGGAACAGGUGGUCGCAGAUCGCGUCUCACUUGCCGGGCCGGACGGACAACGAGAUCAAGAACUUCUGGAACAGCUGCCUCAAGAAGAAGCUGCGCCAGCGCGGCAUCGACCCCAGCACCCACAAGCCCAUUUCCGCCAACGCGGCGGCAUUGGAGCAGCCGGCGUCGCAAGAGCGCAAGCCGUUGGCCACAACCGACGUAGAUGGCGGCUUCGACAUCAAGCACCAGCACCAGCAGGUGUUCGACCCGUUCCCGCUGACCGACAGCUUCGGCGGCGGCUUCGACGCGGCUGGCGCCGCAUUGUAUGGCCACAUGGGCGGCGGCGGCAAGCAGGACGCGGCCGCGUUCGUGGACUACAGCAGCGUGCUGGACGUUUCGGAGAACCUGGGCUACGGCGAGAGCUCCAGCAACAGCAGCAACUGGAACUGCGCGCCGGAGACGAACAAUGCGCUCGACGGCGGCGACGCGACGCUGCACUGGGCCUCCGAGAGCAAGGCCACUCCCCCCUUCGCCGGCUACGGCGGCGGCGAGGAGCAAUCGCUCGAGGAGCACAAGUUCCUGCUGCCCUGCCACGGGCAGCAGGAGCAGAGCCUGCCGCAUUUCGACUUCGACAUCAGCCGGGGCGCCGUGGUCGGCGAGUUCAACCUCGAGUUCUUCUGA